AUUUUUGUCGGAAUCUAGAGACAGGUAAAUGUUCCACUGUCGGUGUGCGUGUCUUUUGCUUGCCGUUCGACAGGGGUUUCCCGUAGUGUGUUUACUGCGGCUUUCUGCUCGAUAUGCUUUUCAAAGAACUCACACCAGGGCAAUGAGGCGUGCAUACAAAGAUCAGACACACGUAUGCUCCACCCAUUGAGCCGCUGUCAUUAUUUAAGAAGACCUCAUUAGCUGGGUUGUACUGAGUUGUAUUAUCGCCUUCUCAAACUCUUUUGGCCCGGACUCUUAAAGAGAUUAACAGAGAUGAACUUAGAUGGCGACUGCAACAUGUCAGUCAGUUGUGGCAAUGGGAAGCUUAGACAGUGGCUGAUCGAUCAGAUUGACAGCGGGAGCUAUCCUGGACUGGUUUGGGAGAAUGAUGAGAAAAGCAUUUUCAGGAUACCAUGGAAACACGCGGGUAAGCAAGACUACAACAGAGAAGAGGAUGCAGCCUUAUUCAAGGCCUGGGCACUGUUCAAAGGGAAAUACAGGGAGGGAGUAGACAAACAAGACCCCCCAACAUGGAAAACAAGACUACGCUGUGCACUUAACAAGAGCAAUGACUUUGAUGAACUGGUGGACAGAAGUCAACUGGAUAUAUCUGAUCCUUACAAAGUAUACAGAAUCAUACCUGAAGGAGCCAAGCGAGGUAAUAAGGUUAGUAGCGUGGAGGAGAGCUCAGCGCACGCGAGCCCUCUGAACUAUCCUAUACCCCCACCCUACCCACCACUGCAACCCACGAUGCCCAGUUACAUACUCCCUCAUGAGCGAAGGGACUGGAUGGAUUACACAGUGGAGCAGCCACACCAUCAGCCCCCCCAUGCUGACCUUCAGUAUGGCCAGUGCCCCUACCCUCCGACCCGGCCCCUCCCCUGGCCCUCCUGUGACAAUGGUUAUCAGUUUUCUGGAACCUUCUAUACAUGCUCCCCCACUGAAACACACACUUCCGCCUUCACAGUGGACCCCAGCAUGAGAGCAGCAGAGGCCAUGGCAUUCACCGACUACCGAUUGCACGUGUCUCUCUUCUACCGGGAGUCUCUGGUGAAGGAAGUGACCACCAACUGUCGCGACGGCUGCCGAAUCUCCUCUGCGCCUUCCUCCUCCUCUUCCUCGUCUUCCUCUCCCUCCUCUCCGGGCCUGACGGAGGACCGGUUUGACGGCAUUCCCGAGCCCAUCGUCUUCCCCUUCCCGUACCCGCAGUCGCAGCGGAGGGGCGCAGAGAAGCUGCCAAACGUGCUGGAGCGCGGUGUGCACCUGUGGAUGGCGCAGGACGGCCUCUACGCCAAACGCCUGUGCCAGGGCCGCGUCUACUGGGAGGGCCCGCUUGCACCAUACGCCGACAAGCCCAACAAGCUGGAGAAGGAGCAGAUCUGCAAGCUGUUUGAUACGCAGCAGUUUCUCACAGAACUGCAGGGGUAUUUUCAUCACGGCCGCAGCAUGCCGAGGUAUCAGGUGGUCCUGUGCUUUGGCGAUGAGUAUCCGGACCCUCAGCGGCAGAGGAAAAUGAUCACAGCCCAGGUGGAACCCAUGUUUGCCAGGCAGCUGGUCUACUUGGCUCAGCAACCUAGUGGUCACUAUCUCCGGGGCUAUGAUAUCCCAAGCCAGGGAGCCUCACCGGCAGAGGACUACCCAAGGGCUCUCCAGCACAUGCAGGAGUGAUGGCCGACAAAACCAGACCAAUGACAGACUCUCAAAAGACUCUCAAAAGAAUUUCAGCAAACUUUUCUUUGUCCUGCAGAAUGUUACAGGGAGACAAGGGUUGUCAACAGUCCUUGGCGUAUGUCAUAUUUAUGUUAAUAUUUCCAUGAGUGUGUGUGUAUGUGUGUGCCUUGGCAAGUGUGCGUGUGUAAGGUAGAUAGAAAGUUUGUAUGUA